UACCAAAAGAGAAGAAGAUGAUAAUCUCUCUGCUCUCCCUCUUGGGAAUAUUUCAGGUGUCUGUGGUUAAUGGUUUUCUCCCUAUCUCAUUACAGAAAUGUCACUCCCAAGAUGUGCCGACAGGUACAAGCAGCACGAAUGUAAUCGAAAGCAGGGGCGUCCAUCAGCAUACAAGGUCGACAACUUCUCGGCUUUUUGCAGAUACGUGGGACCGCAUGGAAAUUGAAGAGGACGACCAACCCUAUUGGUAUCUGCUGAACUGCGUUGCAGGCCUAGAAAUGGAUCUGCUCCGACAAGUAAAACAACUCGCCCAAGAUCUGCCACAGGCUGAUGUAGUCAAGUUUGUAGUGCCCACAGUUACCAAAACACGCUCGCAUGGGGCGAACAGGAUGGUUCGAGAAACGAAGGUCAAAUACCAGGGAUAUGUCUUUGCGAAACUUAGAUUGACAAGAGAGACCUAUGAACCUAUCCGAAACAUGGAUCUUUGUCGUUCAUGGAUGGGAACUAUCAAUAUGAAGGGAUACAAAAAGCUUCCUCCUGCACCGUUGCCUCUCAGUGAUGAAGAGAUUGAAAGCUUCGACUUGGAAAAUCCGAAAUGGGAAAUCGAUGAGCAAGAUAAAUCGACUGGUAACGAUAGCGACGGUAUUAUUUUGGACACGCACGAAAAUGAUAUGAAGGAGAUGGAAGAAGAAGAAGCUAUCGAACAAGAAGUGGAAAGGGUUUACAAGGGCCUGAAAGUUGAAGACAUGAUCAAGGUAACCGGGAGAAAUAAAUUCAAGGGCGAAGAUGGAAUCGUUAAACGACUCAAAGAGGAAAUGGUUUUGAUUCGAUUUUUCACCUAUGGGCAAACCUUUGACGAAUGGCUGGACCCGAGUGAUGUGAGAAAACUUACCGAUGACGAGGUCUUGAAGGGUCUUGGCGGACCCGGCAAACCCAUUACGCAACAGGAUUUGGAGGGUCCUCGAGACCGCAGGGAAGAUAAACCGCAGCGAAAAUUUGAUUCGAGAAAUAGUGUCGGUGCCUUUGGUGGCGGGCCUUCACGCGAGCGAAGGCAAGAUCGCAACGAGCGUCGCUUUGGAGGAGAAAUGGACCACAAACAGGAGCGAGAAAACUGGAGUCAGUUCAAGGAAAACGAAAAACGUGGACGCCGGGGUAGAAGCUACGAUGACGGCAAUGGUGUUGAAUUUCGUCCUGCAUCCGAGGCGGAAGGCGACGUCGAUAGUCAAUGGGGAAGACGUCGCCGUUCGAAUCAGCAGGAAGACGAUUGGAGCUCGUUUGUCUCCCAGGGACCAUCUGACUACAAUAAAAAAAACAAGAGUUCGCCUAGCAAAGAAGAUACCGAUGAUUUCUUUGCCUCGUUGAUGACCGAUCUUUCAAAAGAUAUUGAUGGACACAGUGGAAAAAGCAGAGAUCAACCACAAGAAUCUUCAGGUUCUGAUAGCGACGACGACUUUUUCGCUUCGCUCAUGUCGGAGAUCAACGAUUCACCUUCCAGUCAAAAACAAAAAUCUUCAACAAAUGGUGGCGACGAUGACGACGACUUCUUCGCAUCGUUGGAAAGAGAAAUCAGAGGGUCCAAGAGUGCGACCUCAAAACCAAAGAGGGCUGAGAAGGAAACCAAACCAGAUAUUUCUAGCGCUCCUACAGCCGACGAGGACGACUUCUUUGCGAGUCUCGAGAUGGAGCUCGAGACGGAUCUCGGAGAAUCGAAGAGCCAGGGUUCGGAACAGAGUGCCGAUGCCGCGGAAGAUGACUUCUUUUCCAGUCUGGAAUCCGAGCUAAGCACUGAUCUGAGCAGCUCGGAGACGAUAGAUGCACCGGCGUCGGCCAAACAAACACGCGCUCCCCAAGUGACGAGCUCGAGCGAAUUCGAUGCGUCCGAUCUGAAAAAGCGGACUGUUCCUGAACUCAAAGCAAUCCUCAAGGACCGCGGUUUGAAGGUGUCGGGGAAGAAGGCCGAUCUCAUCGAGCGACUUACUUCUGGUGUAUAAAAGUAUGCGGGUUGGUUGGUUCCGUAUUGGUACAUCUACCAGGGAUUGGCAUGUGUUUUUAUUGUUCGGGUAUCGCAGAGCUAGACACCUUAGAUCUGCAGUGGAUACCGAAAGAGCACAGCAUCCGAAUGCAAGAGGCCUUUCUAUAUUUCUAAUAUUUUUAAAUCAUAUUACUACUUUUCCACAUAAUAAUAUGAAAGGCACACA